AAUCUACCAUUGACGCAUGCGUGGUGGAUAUCAGGACGAGACAGCAAAAACAAUUCCAUAAACUGAUCUUAAAGUCCGUCACCCUAUCGGUAUGUGAAUACCUUCACAUUAACCUGACUUCACCACUUAUCUCUGCCUCAUUUGACCAUAACCUAACUGAAGAGAAGGGGGCGCUAAGAGAGACCGUUUUUACAAGAAGGAGACACUCACUGAAGGAGGACAGACCUCGCCACAAGACCUGUAACUAACUUCCUUCAUUGUCUCAUCAGUAUUUAGUGUACAUUACACACAGAGAAACCAAAUAAGCCAUGGCACUUGAAAAACUCAGGAAAGAAGAAACUCUCGCAAUGAGGAAGAGAUUAAUCGGACAAUCAUGCAGACUCUUUUAUUCAGACGACCCUGUGAAAAUAGUAAGAGCAAGAGGACAAUAUCUAUUCGAUGAAAAUGGCCAGCGCUAUCUGGACUGCAUCAGUAACGUUCAUCAUGUUGGCCACUGUCACCCCAGCAUUACAAAGGCUGCAGCAGCACAAAUGGACCUUCUGAACACAAACGCCCGAUUCCUGCAUGACAACAUAGUCCUGUAUGCAGACCGCCUGGCUGCCACUCUGCCUGAGAAACUGUGUGUCUUCUACUUUGUGAACUCUGGUUCAGAGGCCAAUGAUCUUGCCCUACGCCUGGCACAGCAGUACACCCAACAUCAGGACGUCAUUGUGCUUGACCAUGCAUACCAUGGGCAUCUAAUGUCCCUCAUCGACAUUAGUCCUUACAAGUUCCGGAAACUGGCAGGACAGAAAGAAUGGGUUCAUGUGGCACCUUUACCAGACACCUACAGAGGCAUAUACAGAGAGAAUCAUCCCAACCCUGGCCAAGUGUAUGCUGAUGCAGUGAAAGACCUAAUAGAGGAGGUGCACAAGAAAGGCCGUAAGAUCUCUGCCUUCUUUGCUGAAUCAUUGCCAAGUGUUGGAGGACAAGUCAUCUUACCCCAAGGGUACUCCGCUAAAGUUGCAGAGUAUGUGCGCGCAGCUGGCGGAGUGUUUGUGGCAGACGAGGUGCAGACAGGUUUUGGACGUGUGGGAAGUCACUUCUGGGCUUUCCAGCUGCAGGGAGAGGAUUUCUGUCCUGACAUAGUGACGUUGGGCAAACCGAUGGGCAAUGGGCAUCCCUUGGCAUGUGUGGCAACCACUGCUGAGAUAGCUGGAGCUUUCACAGCCAAUGGAGUGGAAUAUUUCAAUACGUUCGGAGGGAAUCCAGUGUCAUGUGCGAUUGGCUUGGCAGUCCUUGAUGUGAUAGAGGAGGAGGACCUAAGAGGAAACGCCAAGAGAGUGGGAGCAUAUCUUAAAGAUUUGUUCUCAAAGCUAAAAACAAGACAUCAAAUUAUUGGGGAUGUCAGAGGUGUAGGACUCUUUGUGGGACUUGAGCUGGUCACAGACAGAGAACAGAGGACUCCUGCCACAGAAGCAGCAGCACUGGUGGUGAAGAGGCUGAAAGAGGAAGAUCGAAUCUGUGUCAGUACAGAUGGCCCCUGGGAAAGUGUCUUAAAGUUCAAACCUCCUAUGUGCUUCAGUAUGGAGGAUGCAGAACUGGUGGUGAAAUGUAUUGACCGCAUCCUCACAGACAUGGAAGCCAAUGACCUCAAACUGGAAAAGGAAGACAUCUAAGGUGUUCAGUGCCAAUUUAUGGUCUGACAUUGGAGGAAUGAAGAGGCAGUCAUCUGUAUGAUGAAACCCAGCCAAUUGGAGGUAAUCAUAUUUGGAGUGAUGCCAGCUGUAGCACAUCGUUACCACCUGGGAGAUGACUGAUCAAGAUGCUAAUGAGACACUAAUGAGAAACCAAUAAAUAGUUAACACUUUUUAAUUCCUUA